UAGUCUUGCCCAGCCAACUCAGCACCCACAUGGGCAGGCAGCAGACGCCAACGGUAACACAGCUUCACUUGACCCUUCUUUAUCGCUCUGGACUCUACCCUAGUCUUGGCCUUUUGCCAGUUUUGGUUGUAGCUGUAGAUUUUUAGAGAGCCAUACAUAAUCAUUGUUUCCAGCUGCGCUGUCCCAUUCGGUGUAAGUAGGUAACGAGGCAACACACUUCCGGAAUUUUUGGCAAUUUGCUUCCAGAAGUGCUUUUUCAUUAAUUUUUAGCUUCAAGAGAGGUUCCAUUUUAGAGACCUGGAAGCUUUUCUACACCAUGGACGCAGAAAAAUAUCUUCCUCAGCUCCUUGCUGAGAGAGAUCGCCUUGAUCCAGCACUCGCUCACUGUUUACGUCUUUUGGACAAAGAAAUUGACACAGUGAAGGCUGGUCGGGCAAAAGCUACCGCGGAGCAAGUACAUUUAUCAGAGAAAGUAUUUGUUCCAGCUAAAGAUUUUCCCGGGUAUAAUUUUGUAGGGCGCCUGCUUGGACCAAGAGGGCUCUCGCUGAAACGCAUGCAGUCUGAAACUGGCUGCCGCCUGACUAUCAUGGGUCGUGGAUCAGUGCGUGAUUCUGCAAAGGAGGAUGAAUUGCGUGAAUCCGGCGACAGCAAGUACGAUCAUCUCAACGAGGACCUACAUGUGCUGGUGGAGGCCAAGGGAAAUGAGAAUCUCGCCGCCGCUCGCCUAGCUGCCGGGGUGGCCGAAGUUCGCAAAAUGCUUAUACCGGGGGAUGCUAAUGAUCAAAUUCGCAAUGAGCAACUGCGCGAGCUGGCACUGCUCAAGGGCAUCCAGGAGCAGUCGGAGACGAUUGCAUCGGUGCGCUCCGAUUCGUUUCCCGUUGCCGAGCACGCACCACGGGCACCUGUGCGCAGUCGUGCUGCCGCAGUUCAGCCCAGGCAGCCGGCCAUUUAUGCUGCAGCGGCGGCGGCAAUGGCGGCGGCCGCUGAGCCACACGACUAUGCACCGGUCAUGAUGGUGCCUCGACAGAUGGAGCGUCUGCCAGCAGGCCUCGCCUAUGCUAAGGCUCCAUCUUUCGAAGAUGCUUACCUGGAAUCAGCUGGCCGUAGUAGACGGUACAGUGAGUAUGCAGAGCCAGCCAUACAGAUGGUUCCUGUGGUGAGACCAACUGGUGGCUUGUCGGCAGCACACUCUCUUCCCAGGACCAUGACGGCGCCCAGGACUCGUAAACGCUUUGAGCCCUAUCAAGGUGUCCGUAACUCGACGCCUGGCCAUUACUGAUCUUCGUGCGAACGAGAGCGAGGCCUGAACGAGCAGGGCUUCACGCCCCGUGUGAUACUAGUAGCUGACUGUUGGUGUUUGUCACCGUCACCGGACGCUGUGUUGUUCUGCCUCCCUGUUGUGCCUGCCUGCCCUGACUUACUUGUGCAUCCGUUAAUGUGACUCUCUCCUGGCCAACAUGUAUAUGUUACAUGUUACAUUCUUCCAUGACGAUGCUCGAUUUUAUCGCCCUUUAGUCAUCUGACUCGCUAAUGUGCCUUCCAGUCAGCCUAACAUAAGCCACUGAUGAAAGACCAGAAAAAAAGGAAUAAUUAACUGCCAUGAAUUGUCUGCCGCCAUUCUGCCUUCGUCUAGUUUUCCAUUGAAAGUCGUGUCUAUUUUUGCAUUCGCUUUUUUGUCAUGUUGUCAUGUUGGCGAUGCUUGGUUUGUCUCAGGACUAUGUCUUUUAUGAUCCACUAUUUUUGAAUGAUCACUGGUUCCUCCAAAGAUUUGAAAAAAAGACAUAUUUUACCCUUUCUUUAUUGAUACUGUUUUGUUGACACAAUGCAGAGAUUUCUUUAUAUCAUUUUAUCACCUUUUCCCCAGUCUUGUUUGGGAUGAUCUCUUUCCACCUACCCCUAUUUUAUCCUUCUCACCAUUACUAGGAUUUUUCAUGGUGUACUGUCUUUUAUCCCUAUCAGCGAAGAUCCACGCUAUUUUCUCCCAAGAAUAUCUAUCGCCCUUCGUUUUUCCGCGUGGUCGCAUGGUACUCGUUCCGUCAUCAAAGCA